AUGAGGUACUCUAUCAUCUUCGCUACCGCUGUCGCUGCUUCCGAAGCAUACAAAUAUGACAACGACGAUACACUGGGCCCCAGAUCGACCGAGAAAUUUGAAUACGCCACCAUCUACCCUGGGUAUGGCAAGAAUCCCGUCACUAUGACCUCGCAGUAUCAGGCCUUUCCGACGUGUGUCUCUGCCGACAAUGAAAACAAGAAAUGCACCAAAUGGUCCCAGGAUCAAUAUGUAUCCACUGUUAUCAACGACUUCGACGGCAAUAGUGCAACUAUCACCAAGGUCAACGAGAUUGUUACCGUCUACCAUGCCCAGAGCACACGUACCCACACCUCUACCAUCACCCAUAAGUCCAGUGGCGAUGCUGCUGCAACUACGGAAUACAAGUUAUGGCAUGAGCUUUACGAGAAGAUUUACGAGGCUGAAUUCAGUAUGCUUGGCAAGCAUGCUCUUCGUGGCUAUCCUGGAUCUGGUCUUAGCAACAAAGACGAGUACAAGCAGCCAGUACAUGUCAAGGAGUACAAAUAUGGCAAGUGGGAUGAGUACGACUUCAUCCUCGACUACAGUCCCUCUAAGACUGCGAGCAAGAGGGUCGUGGUUCCUACAUCUGAGACCACUACAUACUCGAAGACUGGUGUCUACACUAUUCCCGCCAACGAUGUGACCAUCUAUUAUCCCGUUAUUCAGCCUGCCGAGGCUACUGCUGUUGCUAGGGCAGGAGAAUCAUUCACCUAUGGUGGCGCCUACAUUGACGUCAGAAGUCCUGGUACUGUCAUUGACGCCUAUGGUGCAUAUGAGACGAAGGUCAUUGACAACAAGUUCAAGACGGAGAACAUCCUCAAGUACACCACGUUUUAUGCCUCUACCAUUGGCAGGUACCAUAUGGUGAAGCCUACCACCACGGUUUAUAGUGAGUAUACCGAGGUCAGAUAUCCGACUACUCAGUAUCACGCUCCCGGUGUGUACCACUAUGCGGCUGAGACCAUCACCAUCACCAAACCCAACCAGGCGUACACCUAUAACGGGUACCAACAGAUCGAGACUUACGCAAUCCCCACGGUAACUCCCGCCUAUGAGAAUGGCGAGUAUGCCUUCUACCCCACUUCUACU